CGGACCCACACGGGCACCCGAAAAUAUCUCCUUCCCUUUCCACUCCUCAUCACCUCCGCUUUUGCGCUUUUCCAAGGGCUCAGCGACUCCGAGAUGGACACCGGCGAGCCGACGGGUACAGCGGCAGCGGCGGCGGGAGGAGAGAAGCGGGCGAUGCUGCUGCGGCAGAUCACCGAGGAGGGAGGCUUCGCCUUCGUGGCCUCCGCGGAGAAGGCGGCCGCGGGGGACCUGCGCGCGGCGGAGGCGGCGCGGGAGAUGGCCUGGGAGCAGCUGCACUCGGGGCCGUGGAGCGAGGUGGAGCCUGCGUGGCGGCACGCCUACGCGCUCGCUUGUCUCCACGUCGCGAGUCUCCGCGCCGGUGACGACCGCCGCGCGGCGCUCCGAGCGCUCGACAUGGGCCUCAUCAUGGGUGGCGACCUCCUCCGCGCAGAGCUCGAAGCAGCCAUCGCGCAGGUCCCUGCCAAUGGAAAUCGCGAGGGCGAAGGCGACGGUGCGGGAGACGCCGGCAGAAACGUGGAGAGGUGGAGGGAAGGGCUCAGUAGGAAUCGAGACCUCGGCGAUGCGCUCAAAGUUCUGCCGGUGAAAUCCCUAUCUUGUAAGCAAAUCGAGCGGCGGACAUGCAUUUCUUUGGAGGCAUUUAUACAUGAUUACUUUUUACGUGAGUCCCCUGUUAUACUCAGCGGCUGCAUUGAUCAUUGGCCUGCAAGGACAAAGUGGAAGGACAUAAAAUACCUAGAGAGGAUAGCUGGAGACCGCACUAUUCCUGUCGAGGUUGGAAAAAGUUAUGUUUGUAAUGAGUGGAGGCAGGACCUUAUCACAUUUUCACAGUUUCUUGAGAGAAUGUCGUCACCUGAUUGUUCUGCAAACUUGACGUAUCUAGCCCAGCAUCCAUUGUUUGACCAGAUAAAAGAGCUUCGUGAAGACAUAGUGGUUCCUGAGUACUGUUAUGCUGGCGGUGGGAAACUCCAAUCGCUCAAUGCUUGGUUUGGCCCUCAUGGGACUGUGACACCAUUGCAUCAUGACCCACAUCACAACCUUUUUGCUCAGGUCUUGGGCAGAAAGUAUAUUAGACUCUAUCGUGCUUCCAUCUCCGAGGAUUUGUACCCUCACAUGGAAACUAUGCUAAGCAAUACGAGCCAGGUGCGUGGUCUGUGUCAGAUAACUAUGCAGUGGUUGGAACAGAUGUAUUUCUAGAUCAAUGUAUGGGUGAAAAAUAUUUGUCAGGCAAAGAAAGUAGAACUAGAUCUCUAGCUUCUACUCCCUCCGUUCCAAAAUAGAAGACUCAACUUUGUACUAACUUUAAUACAAAGUUAGUAUAAAGUUGGGUCAUCUAUUUUGAAACGGAGGGAGUAGUACAUAACUUUUUUUUCGUUUACCUGCCUUUUGUACUUUUCCGGAAAUUGCGAUGGCACAGUUCCAUCAUGCCCAAAUUUGUUCCGAAAUCUGCUGUGAGCAACCUUGAUGCUGAGCAAGUUUGGUAAUCAAUAUUUGACCACGUAUCAUCCUCCUGUUCAACCUUGCUUCGUAAUUGUCCAAGCUAUCCAUGUUCCUCUCGCCCUAAAGCUAUGUGCUCUGUUAUUUCUUUGAAUGAUAUUGAUCUUCAUGAGACUAUUGUACAAACAAUGUCUCUGCACU